AUGCCUCCUGAAAUCAUCAGACUCGACGUACUCGAUCGGAGAGAGAUAGAAAGAGUACUAGAUGAGACGAAGCCCAAAGUCGUUGUUCACUGUGCCGCAAAUCGCUUCCCAGACUCCUGUACAGCCGACCCUGAAGCAGCAGUGAAACUUAACGUAGAAUCGAGUCGAUCCCUUGCAGAAGCUACGGUAGCCCGUGGAAUCUUCCUUAUCUACAUUUCAACAGAUUAUGUAUUCUCUGGAAGACCGGACGAAGCACCGUACAAGGUUGAUUCACCAACGAGUCCACCAAAUGUGUAUGGGCAGACGAAGCUCGACGGCGAAAAGGCUGUCCUUCAAGUUGCUCGAAAUAGCGGCGCCAGAAAUAUAGUUGUCGUUUUACGUGUUCCAGUCUUGUAUGGCUCUGCCGACGAACCCAAAGACAGCGCGGUAAACGUCCUCAUGUCGCAACUCUGGGCUGCACAGAAUAUCGCGCCAGGACAGCCCAAAAUCCAAGUAGACGACUAUGCCCUUCGGUAUCCGACAAACACGCAAGAUGUAGGUAGGGUAUGUCGAGACAUUGCUAAAGUGUACCUUGACCCUGCGAACGCUGAUCGCAAUCUACCUCAAAUUCUUCAAUUCAGUUCAGAAGAUUGCAUGACGAAAUGGCAAAUUUGCCAGAAAUUCGCAGAGAUUAUGGGACUGCCGCUUGACAACAUGGAACCGGUCAAACCCGAGGAAGACACAAAAGAUGGCACAGUCAGGCCAUAUGACUGCCAUCUUGACACCAGUGCGUUGAAAGAACUGGGUAUUGAUGUGGGAACCACGGACUUUGCAAGCUGGUGGAGACGCGAGGUCGGCGCAUUCAAGUAA